CCGCGCCCGUAUAUAAGCAUGGGGUUCUGCCGUAAGGAAAAUGAUGGUAUGUGUUGUCUCUCACUAGUAGAAGCAACGUUUGUGAAAUACUGACAACGUUUGAAAGUCACAGAGGAUAUCAAAAUGAAUAACAGAGCAGGUUCCUUUUUAUGGAAUCUCAGACAAUUUAGUACUUUAGUUCCAAAAAGCAAAACGGUGAGACUGUAUUCUUUGGGACUUUGCAGACAAAAAAUCAUUAAUUCAAGCUGGAAUCUAAGAAAUCUUCUGUUAAAUACCUGGGAUAGCAGCAGGCUGUCAUCUAUGAGGUAUCUUUUUCAGUAUGCCUUAAUAUUUGAAACAGAUGAUGAUUUUCAAACAAAGGGUAUACGAACUUUACCAGCCCGUUCAGCUGAGAGGCUUCUUUGUCCGAGAAAACUGUCGGUUGACUCAAAGCACUCUCUUGUCUCUGAUGAAGAAUUGAAGAAAAUAAAUCUGCAUCAAGAAACCGCUGAUAAAGAUGUUCUCCUUAAGGAAUCACGAUCAACCACUGUUACCAUUACAAAACUGUGUCAGGACUGUAAUUCCCUUAGUGAUGUGUUAGAUACAUUUUCAGAAGCACCUACAUUUCCUACUAGUAACUAUUUCUCAGCAAUGUGGACCAUUGCCAAAAGGAUGUCCAAUGACCAGAAGCGCUUUGAAAAACAACUGAUGUUUAACCACCCUGCGUUUAAACAGCUGUGUGAACAGAUGAUGAGAGAAGCCAAGAUCAUGCACUAUGACCAUCUGAUGUUCAGUUUUCAUGCUAUAGUGAGGCUUGGAAUCCCUCAGAACACUCUCUUGGUACAGACUUUGCUGAGGGUGGCCCAGGAACGUAUCAAUGAGUGUGAUGAGAAAUGUCUUUCAGUUCUGUCAACUGUUUUAGAGGCAAUGGAGCCAUGCAAGAAUGUGGACGUUCUUCGAGCAGGACUACGGAUCCUAGUUGAUCAUCAAGUUUGGAAUAUAGAACGCGUUUUUACAUUACAAGCUGUGAUGAAAUGUAUUGGGAAAGAUGCACCAGUUGCUCUUAAAAAGAAACUGGAGAUGAAAGCCUUGAGAGAAUUAGACAAAUUUUCUUUUUUGAAUAGCCAGCGCAUGUUUGAGGUACUGGCUGCCAUGAACUACCGUUCAGUUGUACUUCUGAAUGAAUGCAGUAAACUGGUCAUUGGUAAUAUCCAUGGGUGUCCUUUAAAAAUACUUCUCAACAUAUUGCAGUCUUGCAGAGACCUCCGAUACUAUAAUGUACAUCUUUUCAGAGGAAUAGCAGAUUAUGUGACUACAACUUUUGACAUUUGGAAGUUGAAGCAAGUUAUUUUUCUCCUCAUUUCAUUUGAAAACCUUGGCUUUCGACCUGUUGCUUUGAUGGAUUUGGUCAUGAAGAAAGUGGUAGAUGAGCCUGGCUUCCUAACCAUGAAAAAUGUCGUCUCCCUUCUCCAUGUGUACUCGUCUCUCAAUCAUUUCAACAAAUGCCAAACCCAGGCGUUCCUGGAAGUUAUGACUAAUGCUCUCACUGGUUAUCUUCAUCACAUCUCUUCUGAAAACCUGUUGAAUGCUGUGUGUUCAUUUUGCGCAAUGAAUCAUUUCCCCCUGGCUCCUAUUAAUCAACUUCUCAAAAAGGACAUCAUCAAGGAACUACUGAUGUCAGAUGACAUGGAGAGGAAUGUUCGGAUGCUUCGUAUAUUGGAUAAUUGUCUAAAACUUGGCGAGGUGCCUUAUCUCAAAGCCGUAGACCUAGAACUGCCACAGCUGCUGGCCUCACCCCUGCAUCUCAAUGUGAAGGUUGCCAGUGUGCUCAGUCACCUUCUGGGAGAAGGAUACUUCUCACAGAAUGUCCAGCUUCCCCACAGUUACCACAUUGAUUUUGAAAUCAGAAUGGACACUAACAAGAAUCAAGUGCUUUCAUUUUCUGACAUGGAUGUGGUCACUUCUGCUGCAAAUAUCCAAAGAGUAGCUGUACUAUGUGUUCCUAGAUCUGUCUACUGUUUGGAUUCCACCCACCCCCGAGGAUUCUUUGCUCUCAAAAUGAGGCAUUUGAAAGUUAUGGGUUUUCGUGUGAUCUUGGUCAAUAAUUGGGAGAUGGAAAAGCUAGAGAUGAAGGAUGCAGUCACAUUUUUGAAGACUGAAAUCUAUUCAUCUAAAACCUCUCCUACUGUUGACGCAAAUUUGCAAAGCACAUGUGAAAGUAAAAAGCAACCUUAGAAGACAUACACUUGUACAAAUAACUUUAAAAAAGACUUAGUUCAGUUGGUAAGAUUCACUUGACUACUCACCUAAGAAAGCUGUUACUUUGCUUCACUGCUAAAAUUAACUUUAAAAUUAGAAGAAAUGUAAUAUUCCAGAAGUUUCAUCUUUCCAACCACUUCUAUUCUCUGUAGUACCCAGAUAUUUGAUGAAUUAAAGAGCUACAGGUUUUACUUCUCA